GGCAUUUCUGUCAUCUUCACAGAGUGAACAUGUGUCUGUCCCAAAUGUGCUGAGCUGUGGGCACUUUGCCUUCUGCCUUUUUAUGGAACGUAAACAGUGAUGGAGGCCGAGGCUGCGUAUGACUGCUGGAGUCGUUUUCUACACGUAUCCUGAAUAUUAGGGACAGCUGAGAGGAGGAGGGGUUAAGACAGCCAUGCCGGUACUGGAGGUGAUCUGCAGCCUCAUUGGCUGGUUCUGUCUCUACCAGUUGUUCUGCUGUACCUUCACUCAGCGGGGGCCCGAGUGGAACUGCCGGCUGGUCACUUUGUCCCAUGGCGUCCUCAUAGUGCUGUUGACAGCAUAUGUGCUCUUCAUAGAUGGACCCUGGCCUUUCACACAUGCAGGAACAGAAAACACUGAGCUCCAGACCUUCUCCCUGUGUGUCUGCCUCGGCUACUUCUUCUUCGAUAUGGCCUGGUGUGUGUGCUACCACACCGAGGGCCCCGUCAUGCUGGCACACCACGCUGCGAGCAUCGUGGGCAUCCUCCUUGCUCUGUUCAUGGGGGUGUCAGGCUGCGAGACUUGCGGGGUCAUCUUUGGCAGCGAGAUCACCAACCCCCUGCUGCAGACCCGCUGGUUCCUGCGGCAGCUGGGCCUGUAUGACAGCCUGCUGGGCGACGCCGUGGACUUGCUUUUUAUCUUACUGUUCGCCACCGUGCGCGUGGGAGUUGGCACAGUCAUGUUUUACUGUGAGCUAACCUCUCCCAGGACCACACUGAUCAUGAAGCUUGGUGGCGUGGUCAUGUAUGGACUCGCCUGGGUGUUCAUGGUGGACAUCGCCAAGUUUGGCUACAAGAAAAGUAGAGCUAAGUAUAAAAGGUGGCGAGAGAACCACAAGCUGAAGGAAAUCAGCUCAGAAAAACUGGACGGACAUUCAGACAAAAGUGACUGAAGGGUAAGAGAGACAAAGGCUUUUAAAAUGUGUGUGCUGCCUCCAAGCUUCUGUAGUUCUAAAGGUGCUGUGGCAUCAGUACAUCAGUUAUACAUAUUGAAUUAUAUGUACAACAACCCUGAUUCCAAGAAGGUUUGGAGAAAUCAUAAAUCCUUUUUAGAAGGAGCAGAUGUUACCUUAAGCUAGCUCGGGCCAUGUUAAAGUGAACAGUAUUUUACUGGAGCAAGGUGAGCUAAUUGUUAGCGUGCUCGGUUGCUUUGAGAUGGUUGUCAGAGAUGGCAGAGGUAUGAUCACAUAAUCCUGUUUGAGCUAUAACAGGUGGUGUGUUCCACGUUUUAUUUCCCAAUCGCUCUUGGAAAGAAAAAUAGAGAACUGUAAACAAACUGUCACCAUUGGAAAUCACCAGUUUCGGUUCAACACCGGAAGCUGCACACAUAAUUCACGCAAGGCAUCAUGGGGACUAGGGAUAAUUUUCAUGUAGCUACCAUAUUUUUAACUUAACCUCAGUCCACCAAACCUGUGUUCACUUUUAUUUUACAAUAAAAAUGUUUUCAGCUGCACCUCAAUGAUCUGCUACAAACUGUGUGAUGUAUAAAAGGAGUGAGAAAGUUCAUAUGUCAAAAUAAAGCUUUGGUGGAAAAAAAUGUUUUGUAUUAAAAUAAUAGAAGUGACCAAAUGUUGCAGUUUGUUACUUAGUUUAGUUACUGUAUUCAAUCCCACAUAUACCAGCUUUCUGCAGUAACCUGUGGUUCCCAACUUUUUUUGGCUUGUUACCUUUUGAAACAAUUCAACUCAAAGACCCUCAUCAAAGUUUGCAUGUCUGUAAUUAAAUCAAAGAGGGAUUGUCACCUUCUACUGUUGUUUAACUUCACUUUAAGCGGCCUGGGGCCUCAUCACAGAAAAAUAUCUUUACUCAUCCUCUUAUCUGAAGUUUCAAAGAUAGGAUAAAUCAUGUCUUCCUAUUACACAAGCAAUUUUUUAAUCCAUGGCUGUGUCCUGUCCUGUCUUAGAUGUCUUUUUUUUUAUCUUAACUUCAAAAAUUCAAACUGUAAAUUUGAUUCACCCGUCCUGUCAUGCCUGUAUAUCUAUGUUUAGAUUGUACUGGUAGGCUACUUGAGAUGGAUGAACCAUAAUACUGUAUCAAUAGCUCUCACUGGUCACUGGCCAGCUAGACUGCUACCACAAAAAAGACAGGCGUUCGAUUUUAGCAAUGGGAAGUUGGAGGCACUAAUCAAUUCAGACCUGCUUCUCUGCUGGGUUUAAGGCAGCUGGUAGUCGGUAGGAAAGUAGAUCUACGUACCAGGUAUUUUGAAUUUUAGCCAUGUAGUUUUUUAACAUUUAUUUCGAAUGCAUUUUAAUAUUUUGUAAUAAAGUGUUUUUAAGAUUAUCCAUUUGUGUCUGCAGAGCAUCAGUGGUCCAUUAGCUGCUCUUGCUGUGGGACCGUUUACGUUGUUUGGUUUGGUAUUGUUCUUUGUCUAGUUCAGGCAAAAAAAAUGUGUGUUGCCCUCGAGGUGGACUCGUUUUCUUUCUUUAAAUUUUGUUUGUUUUAUCUGCCUGCUUCCCCCACUAAUUACGGGAGCGUAACUAUGUUCCCAGGGUUCUAUGUUCCCCACUUAACCCUGCAAAA